UCUUUAUCAGCUUACUUUUUAUUUAUUUAUUUAUUAAAGAAACGAUAAACUUGAAUAAAAAGUUCAAAAAUAAUACUCUCGCUGAAGUUAUAGAAAACGCUAAGCGGGAAAUGCGGCCACAUGCCGCCUCUUUAUUUUCCCGUCACUAGUUUUCAAAAAUCUGACCCGUUUAUAUCAAUUGUCUUUUCAUAUUAUCAUCUUGAAUUCUUGAUGAUGAGGUUGGAACUAGAAGAAAGAACCCAAAGUAUCAAUACAUUAUUAUUAUCAUGAUAAUAUACUACUACUACUCAUAAACAGCUGCAAGAAAUUUGACCCAUAAUUUUAUGCUUCGUGAUAAAUCAACCAACUGAAUCUCAAUUAUUAUUAAUUUGAUUAUCUUACUUCUAAAAUUCCCUCUCUCUCUAGAUCGCCCGGAUUGCGUGCAGAGAGAAAGAGCUGUUUGUAACGAAAAGUCAGCGCACUUCUCUCUCUCCUUUUUCUCUUUCCAUCACUUAUACACCAUCUUUUUUCUUCCCUUCAUUCAUUAUUAUUCAUCCAAACACACCACACCACAACACAACACAACACAACAUUCAUCGGUUCUCAAACUUAUUAUUAUUAUUAUUCCUUUUAGCUAAGUUUCUUAAUUCUCCAACCUCAAUAAAAAAAAAGAAUAACUAACCUGUUUUUUGUUGUCUUCCCUAGUUUCUAUAUCGAUGAGAUAUAUGAUCAUCAAAGUUAGUUGAGUUUAGUAGUUGGAGAAAGAUCCCUCUUGUCUUGUGGAUGUAAUAACUAAUAAUCUCUGUGAAAAACCAGCAAACAUGGAAGACUAUCAAGGUGAUCUAGCUGAUAUAGUCCGCGCUAGCGGAGGCACCAUCGGCAGCCGCAGCGGAACUUCAGCUACCACCGCAGCCACCACAACAACCACCACAAAUGGACAAAUUUCAAAGUGGCGAUUUGGCUCAUCUAAUCAAGACUACCACCAAAGUAACGUUAUUUAUCCGUUUCCUGCAGAUAAUACCCUCCUCCAUGACAUGGAUGCAAUAUCAACGUCGACUAGUUUUAUUGACAUGGGUGUCGACGACAUCGUUAAAAGAGGCGGAGGUGGAGGUGGUGGAGGAGGAGUUAUGGGACCGGUGUCGUCGGGCCCUAGCAACAACAGUUUGUGUAGUAUUUUCUCUUCUAAUAUGGUUCAGAUCUCGCCAUCAGUUAAUAAUAAUAAUAUUACUAGUAGUAGUAAUGAUAAUAGUAGUAAUAAUAGUAGAGUGAGGUUGCCUGGAUUGCAAGCAGUUGCAGCUUCAUCACCUAAGGUUAGAAAAGAAAGAAGUUAUGAAUUUAUGUCUAACCAGAUGAUAAGCAUUAGUAAUAAUGCAAGUUGUAGCAGCCCAAAGGAUGGUGGUUUCAUUGACGCUAAUUGUGGCGGCAGCCGUGGCGUGCAGAUCUCGUCUCCACGGAAUCAGGGCAUUAAAAGAAGGAAAAUCCAAGCAAAGAAAGUGGUGUGCAUACCUGCACCAGCAGUAGCAAACAGCAGGCAAACUGGAGAAGUGGUGCCUUCUGAUCUCUGGGCAUGGAGAAAAUAUGGCCAAAAACCCAUCAAAGGCUCUCCUUAUCCUAGGGGCUAUUAUAGAUGCAGUAGCUCAAAAGGAUGUUCAGCAAGGAAGCAAGUGGAAAGGAGUCGAACAGACCCAAACAUGUUGGUCAUUACUUACACUUCUGAGCAUAAUCAUCCUUGGCCAACCCAAAGAAAUGCCCUAGCAGGCUCAACCAGGUCAUCUCAACCAUCAAAAACCUCUUCCAAGCUAUCACCACCUUCACAUAAACACAGCAACAACAAUUUCCAAAAUGUACUUGUCAACGAUGAGAAUAAUCAGCGAGCUACAACCCCAACAUUUUCCAUCAACGAAGAAGAAGAUAACAAGGAUGAGGAUAUAAUCAACAAAAGUAGUAUUGACAACGAUAAUGAGCUGUUUAACAACAGUUAUCGACCACUUAUUAUGGCAGAACCAAUUACUAAUGGCGGCCAACAAGUUGAUCAAGAUUUCUUCGCGGAUCUUGUCGAGUUUGAGGGUGAUGACACUCUAGGAUUGGAUCCAUUUACUGGUCUUUUUGAUUGGGCAACAAACAACACCAACACUACACCAAUUACAAAUGUACAAGAUAAUGAUCAUACAACAGUAUAGCUGUAUAGGUGAUAUUGCUCACACUGAUCGAUCAUACACUAUUGUGUUUUAUUUGAACUAUAUAUUAUGCCUAUCAAAAGUUCAAUAGAUAUGAUGUGUAUAUCAACUUAUGAUCGUUGUAAGGUAGAGUAACAAAUGGAGAUACAGCAUUUUGAUUUGGAUGAUAGAUUGUGCUUCAUAAAAGUUGGCGCAUCGAUAAUUGACUGCUUAUAUAGGCGGUUAAUAAUGUGGUCUCGAACAAUUUAUACCACAUUUGAAUAAUUUUGUAUAUAGAAUGAAAAAUAUAAUCUUAGUUGUUCCA